CCUCCUCCUCUGCUUCCCCCUCCUCCUCUCCUGCAUCGCCAUCGCUGACUGAUCACUCUCUCCACCGACCCUCUCAUCAAGUCUUAACCGUCCUCGCUUCACUAAUGCUGGGAGGUUAACUAAACGCCUGCCGCCUUUUCAGAGGGCCUCUGUCACCAGCACCACCAGCAGGAUGGUAGAGUACCAUUGGGGUAGCAGAUGGCCAGCAGCAGCAGCAGCAGCAGCAGCUAUAGAUGCCGUAUGAUCCAGCACGUUGGCGUACGCCGCGCUCCAUUCCCGCUCCCACUCCGCUAGCCCCGCGGAAUCUCCCCCCACCCGCGUCUCUCCUCUCUCUCUCCGGCCCCCUCGCCGCCGCUAGCAGCCAACAGCUCGCUGCCCGUUCUGCUUGCGCCGCGCUCCGUCCGGCCAGCGGCUCACCACGGGUUCGUUCACAAGAGGCGACCGGCCGGCCGGGCACUUCCACUCCCGCACGGCAACCUCUCGCUCUCCUCCUUCUCUAGCUGCGACUGCGAGCAGCUGCUGCGUCUGCUCAUUUGUUCGCUUCUCUUCGGGCGAGCUGUCGACCCCGACAUAGAACACGAGGGAGGCGAGCCGAGGCAGCAGAGGGUAUAAGAGAGCCCGGCCGGGCCACCAGCGCCUUCAGAGCGCACGUCGUCGUCUCGAGCAGUCUUGCUUGGAGCUUCGUGGGAGGUGGGAGGAGGAGAGAUGGGGGAGGCAGCGGAGGCCAGCAAGAACCUUCACAACUGGAUGGGCGAGCCGGGGCAGGGGGGCCGGGACGACGAGGAGAAGACGCUGCAGCUCAGCCUCGGGCUCCCCGGAGGGGGAGGAGGGGCGGCGGCGGCGUGGAGGGCGCCGGGCAGGGACAAGGGGAGCCACUCUGCUGCCGGCAGCUCCAUGCUCUCCCUCGGCUACUCCAACGCGGCUUUCUCUCCCUGCUCACAAGGCAAGGCAAAGGGGUCCCCAGCACAGGCUACAGGGCAUGCCCUUCCGUCCACCAACAACACUUCGCAGACAAGAUCUCAUAAUGCCCCAGUUAUCGGAUGGCCUCCAGUUCGUACAUUCAGAAGAAAUCUGGCUACCUCUAGCAAAGCAUCCCUUGAUCAUCAGAAUGUGAAGAAGGCUGCCAAACCUGAAGAGACCACAAAAAGAGCUCCAUUUGUAAAGAUUAACAUGGAUGGCAUUCCUAUUGGUAGAAAAAUCGACCUGAAUGCCCUUGAUAGCUAUGAGAAUCUCUCUCUGGCUGUCGACAAGCUGUUCCGUGGACUCCUUGCAGCACAACAAGACCCUCUGGCUGCUGGUACAAGGGAGUGUCCACAGGAAGAGGUGGCAAUAUCCGGUUUACUAGAUGGAACCGGCGAGUACACUCUAGUUUAUGAGGAUUAUGAAGGUGACAGGGUACUGGUUGGUGAUGUUCCCUGGGGGAUGUUUGUUUCUUCAGUGAAGAGGCUGCGAGUCCUGAAGACAUCUGACCUCUCUUCAUCUCUAACAGCAUCAGGCCGGAAAAGAGCGGUGGCUGAGUGUUGACACUACCUGUGAUGUGCCGUGAAGAAGAAAACAUCUUCUGAGCUUGUAUCAAAUCAUCUUUCUUCUGGGCUCCCUUUCUUUUGCCUACUUUCGUGGAAGGAAUCAUCAGUGCCGACAUUUUGGGUUUUAUGUUCUUAUCAUUCUGUUCCAGCCUAAGUCUCUCGGAGAAGUGAUGUGUUGGGGGCAAUUUGACGUGGUGGUAUGUAAAUGUUCAGAUGAAUCAGCGCUACAUCAACCGUCUAAUUCUGUUUGUUGCAUGAAACCUACUUCCUACUGUUUCUGUUCUUUGGUUCA